AUGGCCAUGAUCAGAGGCGAGGACGGGAUGGACCCGAAUCGCAAACGUCCCGUUACAGCGCUACCUCAAAAGCUUGAAGGGAGGAGCACGAGCCAGAGUGAAGCUUCCUUGAACGAUGCGGUCAGCCCUGCCAGUCAACCUACUUCUGCGCCUUGGGCCAAGGGCUGUGUCACCGUAUCGUCCGUCGUCGUGCCAGGUGCUUCGUCCGAUCAAGUCCGAAUGGCAAACGACGGAGCUUUCGACUCGCCUUUGUCAGCGAGUGUGCCGAGAAUACCUGCCAAGCCAGCACCUUUACGGGCUCGUCCAGUCAGGAUCGACAUCCUCGCGGGGUUAACAGGGGUACCAGGGGAUUCAGCGGCACUUGACCGAAUCAUCUCGGACCAAAAAGCGGACCCGUAUGCCUCACCCCCUUCCCGCCUCCAACCUCUUCCUCGAAGCCUUCUGCGCAGGAGCACCGUCCGCAAACUGCCGAUGAGCCCUUCAGGUAACUCCGAAGGCAGCUCAAUUGGCAUCGACACGGCGGCCGUCGCGGAUGUCGAGGUUGAGGGUAAAGGCGAGGAUGAGGACGCGAUGGGUGUGGGCGGCCGAACUGGUACCGAGGUGUCGAGUGGCAGCGGGGAAAGGAUGGAGAUCGCGCACGAGGGGAGACUGGGAGUAGCAGCGGCGCCUAAGGGUGUUGGAACGAGGGAGGGGUCGGAGAGCGACGAGGCAGCCGAUAGGGAAGAAGUUGGCCUGCUUCGAGAUGAUCGUGCGGAUGGUGUGUUCGAGGUCGGAGCGGACUCGGAGAAGGAAUCUAACGCCAAUGAGCCGACCUCGCCCGCCGCGCGCCGGACCCGCUCAUUCCUCGCUUCCCCACUCUUCCCCCACCCCUCUCGGUCGUCAGCCAGCCACGGAGCUCCCAGCCUCCGCUGA